AUGGCUGACGCUGGCGGGAACGUGGACAACGGGGCCAAUCUGGCCAACGACCCAACCUACGACUUCAUUGAGCAGUCGUAUCUCACAUAUCUGGUACCCUCAAGGACAAGCAUCGACCUCGACAAGGCAUUCAAAGAUGUGAGCACCGGAAAUUCAAUACUAGACUCAAUAGAACAGCGAGAAUCACUCUUUUUCGAUGAAACCGUCGACGUGCUUCUCAUUCUCAAGAUGCCAUGGAUGGAAGAAAAAGACCUCCAAGCACAAAUAAGACGCCUCGUCAUCUCACUAGAUGGCCAGAUUGUCAACGGCGGCUCUACAGACCGGGAAUCACAACCCGCAUCCGAAACCAUCUUCAAAGGACACGUUGAAGAUGUCGCAGACCCCUUCAUCAUCGUGGACCAAGAAGAGAGCGACUCCGAGGAUGGCACCUCUCAAACUGUCUACGCCAUGUGGAAAUUACCCGUAUUCCUAAGUCGGCCACGGAUACGGCCUCAACACCCCACAGUCAUGUUCACCGCAUCUGCGAGUCUCAAGCCCGAAAUCCGGACCGACGUCAGCACUCGUGGCACGGGAUAUCUCCAAAGCGGCAUGCCCUCCAGCUUCAACCUCCUCGAAUCCUUCUCCUCCGACCCAGCCCUCAACGGCAUCCAGCCACGCCUGUCUGCCCUCCGCGUAUCCAGAGUCGCUCCCGUCAGCAGACAGCAAGACCUGGUCGCUCAUAUCCGCGCCCUCCCUCACCUCAAGAUACCCAUCCACCCCGUCAUCCACACGCGGAUCCGAUUCUCACGACCUCCCACGGCCCAGCCAACCUCCACGCUCAUCGCCAUGUUGGAAGUAGACUUUACGCCGCACGUGGAGUGCGAGGUGCUUCUCGACGCUAUCCAGCUCGUUACUGACGAUGCCACCGUGGAGGCCCUCAACGACGACGAGCAGAUGAAGUUACCCAUGAGCUGCGUAUCCCACGACCACAUCACCUUCCUGUACCACAUCAAACCGCACCAAAUCGACAAGACCCCCAGAAACUUCACCGGCUCACUCGACAUUUCUAUCACCGCCACCGCCCAGGUCAUACCUGAUGUGUGCACGCCCAAACUAUCCAUGAGCUGGAACACCGCUCUCGACUUCACCACCCCCGUGAACCCAAGCUUCAACAACAUGGCCGAAUCAACGGGCAUCCAAAGGGCGCACAAACCCUCACAACUCUCCAUAGGCAGCAACACGGCCAUCACACCUCUCAAAUCCCCAUCCGUCACUCGACCCGACGCGCUGCCCGGCCUCGAAGCCUCCACCCGCUCAGAAGCAUCAGUCCCCGACCUCGGCAUCACCAUGUCCUUCACUGGCCCCUCCGAGCCCGUCCACCCCGGAGACGUAUUCUCAUGGACUGUGUACGUUGUGAACCGAUCACAAGAGAAGACGGCCCGUCCGCCGCGGAAACUCGCCCUCGUUGCCGUCCCGAGACGUCGUCGCAACGACACUCGUCCUCCCCGCCCGCCGUCAACCGCCACUCGAAGACGGGGCGAGAAGGAACUCGCGGAUGCUGUGGUCGACGUGAAUGUUUUGCAUGCACUGCAGAAGAACUCGGCGGUGGAUGCAACAGAGGUCAUUUGUCUCAGUGCCGACACGCGAGUUGGACCCUUGGCUCCAGGGGCGUGUCACGUCGUUGAACUGCAGUUCCUGGCGCUACGAGAGGGUAUUGUUGGUGUUGAGGCGAUAAGGGUUGUGGACCUGGGGUCUCAGGAGCAUGUUGAUAUACGCGACUUACCUACUACGAUUGUAGAACCUGCUGCUGCAUGA